AUGUUAUUCAGAUUACAUUUUGCCUCAUUCAUUCAUGUAGACUAUAAGGCUCAACAGCAAAUUUCCGCAUUGGUGGCCAAGCGAGGGAAGUCAUUAGAUUCGGUACUCCAAAAGUACAACAACUUGGCCGCUUCUAUGGAUCCUCCCAAACCAGCGCUUACAUGGCAAGAUGUCACGGACCUCAACUUCCUGUCUGACAUCGUUCUGUUACGUGGCCAAGAAGAUAUCAGAGAGAAACCAUAG